CAAUAAAUUCUUCUCCGGCUGUAGUUCCGUGAAUACUGAAAAAUGGCGAAGUCCAAGAACCACACAAAUCAUAACCAAAACCGCAAGGCCCACAGGAAUGGGAUCAAGAAGCCUAAGAAGUUCAGGCACGAAUCUACCCUUGGAAUGGACCCUAAAUUCCUGAGGAACCAGAGGUUCUGCCUGAAGGGCAACCUGAAGCCCGCCAAGCAGAUCGCGAGGGCGGCCGAGAAGAAGGCCACGAGGGAAGCCAAGGCCAAGAAAUGAACAUCUAGCUUAUAAGAUAAUAAACACCUAAAAAAUAA